AUGGGAAGAAAGCUGCGACACUUGCUGAUUUUCCUUCUCAUCAUCUUGAAGGAGUCUAAAAUGCCAGACGCCGCUGGCUGCAGGUUAACACACUUGUCCCUGUCCGGCAACCAUAUAGUAAAGGUUCAACCUGGUGCUUUUGCAAAUCUACCCUUGCUUUAUAAGUUGGACUUGACCGCCAACCGGAUAACAAUGAUGAAGAGUAAUACAUUUGAAAAUCUACCCUGUCUACAAACCUUGAGUCUUCACAAUAACCAGAUAUCAAAAAUGCAGACAGCUGCAUUUGCAAAUCUUCCCUUGCUUCACACGUUGUCUUUGAAUGCUAACAAUAUAACAAUGAUUCAGAAAGGUACAUUUACAAACCUACCCCGGCUCUAUCUUUUGUAUCUAAACAAUAACCAGAUCACAAUGAUUAAGAAUGGUGCAUUUAAAAAUCUACCCUUGCUAAAUCUUUUGUUCCUGUUCAACAACCAGAUAACAACAAUUCAGUCUGGUGCAUUUACAAAUCUUCCCGAACUCGAAGGUUUGUGCCUGGCGAACAACAAGAUAACGAUGAUUGAGCCUGGUGCAUUUUCAAAUCUACCCAAAGUCGAAGACCUGGACCUUCGGUCCAACAAAAUGCUUGCUAUUUCUCCUUUAGCUUUUGGCUUGUUGCCAUCUAUCCGUACCAUACAACUUGACAAUACCCCUUGGCAGUGUGACUGCAGUAUGGUUCGUUUCAUGCUAAAUACAACCAAAUUCCCUUCUUUUAAAGGCCAGAUAAUAUGUGCUCAACCCCUCAAGUUCCAGGGCCAGAAGCUAGCAGAUAUCAAUCUUGAAGAGUUGAUGUGUGAAACGCCAACCAAUCUUACACUGCUCGAUGAUAUCCAAACGAGUUCUGAACACUGUUACAAUGGAUCAGACAAGGCAGGGUCAGUCUCAGACCAUCACUGA